AGAGGAAGCUGUCUCUUUAAGAAGUUGUUGCAUGAAGCUGGUGAUUUUCCACUCAAACUGAUAUUAAAAGCGCACCAGCUCGUAGAAACAAUGCUCUCACAGACAAAUAGAUUAAAUUGUUCCACUCAGCGUUAAAACGUAGCUGGCUUACAAAACAAGGAACAACAGGCUGCUUUAGUGAAAAAAAAAACGAGGAACCCGGCAACACAUCAAGUCAGUAAAUGAGGCAGAAGUGGGAAGUGGAAAUUUACAGCCCACGUUGGUACCUGAGUUGUCUGUCCCAGUGAGGCUGUGUCCAAUCUCUUCGUUGGAUUUAAUUGUCUUUAGCCAAGGGGCGGGCCCUGGUGUCAGCUCCACUUCUUGUGACCCGUGUCGGCAUAAAGACAUUCAGCACAGAGGAAUGGUGACAGCUGAGAGAGAGGAACUCUGUACAUAGUCGCAGCCAUGAAGGAAAUCAUGGCACAAAAAGAGAAGCUCCAAUGCCUGAAGGACUUCCACAAGGACACCCUGAAACCUUCACCGGGGAAGAGCCCAGGCACACGGCCCGAGGAUGAGGCUGAAGGCAAGGCUCCUCAGAGGGAGAAGUGGGCUAGUAAGCUCGACUUUGUCCUGUCUGUGGCUGGAGGCUUCGUCGGAUUAGGAAACGUCUGGCGCUUUCCUUACCUUUGUUAUAAAAAUGGUGGAGGUGCGUUUCUCAUCCCUUACUUCAUCUUCUUGUUUGGGGGUGGCCUGCCUGUGUUCUUCCUGGAGGUUGCACUGGGCCAGUACACCUCUGAAGGAGGGAUCACCUGCUGGGCCAAGCUUUGCCCCAUCUUCACGGGUAUCGGCUAUGCCUCAGUUGUGAUCGUAUCUCUACUGAACAUCUACUACAUUGUGAUCUUGGCCUGGGGACUCUACUACCUGUUUCAAUGCUUUCAGCCAGAGCUCCCCUGGGCAAAAUGUAAACAGCCCUGGAACACAGAAUUCUGUGUAGAGGACACAGUACGCAAGAACAAGACCCUGUGGCUAGCAAGCAACAUUACCAACUUUACCUCCCCUGUCACUGAGUUCUGGGAACGUAAUGUCCUGAGCAUCUCCACUGGGAUUGAAGACAUAGGGCCCCUCAAGUGGGACCUGGCCCUGUGUCUCCUAGCAGUAUGGGUUAUCUGCUUCUUCUGCAUCUGGAAGGGAGUCAAGUCCACUGGGAAAGUGGUGUACAUAACAGCAACAUUCCCAUUUGUGAUGUUGAUUGUGCUCCUGGUGCGUGGAGUGACCCUGCCUGGGGCAUCUGAGGGGAUCAAAUUUUACCUUUACCCUGACCUGACCCGCCUACAAGAUCCAGAGGUUUGGAUUGAUGCAGGAACACAGAUUUUCUUCUCCUAUGCCAUUUGCCUGGGAGCCAUGACGUCCCUCGGGAGCUACAACAAAUACAAAUACAACUGCUACAGGGACUGUUUGCUGCUGGGAGGCCUCAACAGCGGUACCAGUUUUGUGUCUGGCUUCGCAAUAUUUUCCGUCCUGGGCUUCAUGGCACAAGAACAAGGGGUGGACAUUGCCGAUGUGGCAGAGUCAGGUCCGGGCUUGGCCUUCAUUGCGUACCCUAAAGCUGUAUCCAUGAUGCCAAUGCCAACUUUGUGGGCCAUCCUCUUCUUCAUCAUGCUGCUGCUCCUGGGCCUCGACAGCCAGUUUGUUGAAGUGGAAGGACAGAUCACCUCAAUCGUGGAUCUAUAUCCAUCCCUCCUCAGAAAGGGUUACCGACGAGAGAUUUUUAUAGCUGUGAUGUGUUUCAUGAGCUAUCUCCUGGGACUCGCCAUGGUAACGAAAGGUGGCAUGUAUGUGUUUCAACUCUUUGACUACUAUGCAGCCAGUGGUGUGUGCCUUUUGUGGGUUGCAUUCUUUGAAUGCAUUGCUGUAGCCUGGGUUUAUGGAGUUGACAACUUCUAUGAUGGUCUUGAGGAUAUGAUUGGCUACAGACCAAACCCAUGGAUGAAAUGGAGCUGGACCAUAAUCACUCCUGUGCUCUGCAUGGGCUGCUUUGUCUUCUCCCUGGUGAAGUACAAGCCCUUAACCUAUAACAAGGUGUAUGAGUACCCUGACUGGGCCAUCGGUCUGGGCUGGUGUUUGGCCCUGUCCUCCAUGAUCUGCAUCCCCAUGGUGAUGGUCAUCAAGAUCUUACAGUCUGAGGGACCCCUGAUUGAGAGGAUCAAAGCCGUGGCAGCCCCAGCAAAGUCAGGCGUGAGCUCUCGCCCGAAGGAGUACACCUUGAAGGGCAGCGAGCUGACACAGCCCCUGGACCCAAACGGGAACAAUGGCUUGAUCAAGCCCACCCACACCAUUGUAGAAACAAUGAUGUGAGCGCUCUCUGUGAGAGGAAUAAGAUUGAUGUGCUUUCUGUGUUAUUAUCAUAUUUGCUAACAUUGAUAAUGGUAGGUUUACAUUGUCCAAUAUAUUCACGUUAGAGAUACUCUGGUUUGAUUUCUAUGAAGAGUUAUAUAUUAUUGUUGUAAUUUUUUUCUCUUGUAAUUUUUAUUUUUUAUUUUUUACUAUAUCAAUAUUGUUGAUGUUACAAUUGUUGUCGCUGUAGUUGGCACUGAUCUCAGUUUAGGCAGUAUUUUGAAAUAGACAUAUUCAAUGUUUACUACCUUUCUGUUGAUUCCGGAGAGAUAUGGGAAUUUACCUUUUUCGGUGUAAGAAAUUCUCACCUCACAUAAAUUCAGUAAACUAAGCAAGUAAUUAACCGUGUAAAAGGUAGACAACGUCUAAAACGUGAGCUAACUUCUGAUCUCUUGUCGUUUUUGUUCGUCCCACGCAGUGAAAAUGAAUGUACCACGAGCAACCCUCAUCUAGCAGAGUACAUAUCUGCAACAUGUUUGGUGGCAAUAUGCAGUGUGUAGAGUUGAGGCGCAUGCAGACAGGAUCUGGUGCUGCGGUGAAAACUCCUGGUUUUUCCAUUCAUUUGAAUCGGGUAGUCUAUUUUAUUGAGCCAGAUCCAAUUUGUGGACAAACGCAGCCCAACAUCAUGCUGCGACCGCCAAUCAGAUGCUCAGAUUGGUCAAACCCCUCCACAGCUUGAAAAUGAAGCUAUCCAGGUGGAUUUAUGGACUAAACUAUGAUACUCUACCUGUUGUGUUCUGGCUUUGUUAAUUUAAUGUAGCCAGCUUCUAAACCUGUAUCUGGCUCACAAUUUACGCUGCAAAACACACUAAGAAGUUUAAUUUGGUUUGUGUCUGAUGGUUUGAGAGGGAGGGAACAAGCUUUGGUUGAAGGACAUAGACAGUGAAUGAGAGUGAGCGAGUGUCAGUAACAAGAAAGUCAGUUAAUCAGCAGAAUAAAAAAGUAUUUCCUGAUUGUUUAACCACGAUUACAUACAGCACAUAUAGACACACCUCAUUACGCACCACCGCACAACCCUGUGGCGAUUUUCUGCAAUGCCGGAUUCUGUCUGAAUGUACCUUUAAUGUUGCUUGAUGUCCUUUAAGUUGAACAAGGCCUUGGCCAAAUACUGUGAGAAAUGCAUUCAUAAAAUCAUCCAUCUUAAAAAAAACAAACAAAAAACAACAACAGUUGAGACAAAUAGUGAAAAACAGCUAAGGAAGAGGAAGUAAGGAGAAAAGGGAAGUGGCAUUUUUAGAGUAUUUGUACGCUGCCUGUGUGACUACUAUAGUCAGUCCCAGUGCAUUUAUUGAAACCUCUCUUUGCACUUUAUAUGUCGUUUCACCUUUUAUUGUAGUAUUUGUUUUUAUUGUUGCAACGUAUUGCAGUUACAUUUGCAACACAUUUCAGGAAGAAAUAUUUUUAGCUUCUAACUUUUUGAUAUUGUUAACUUUGAUAUACAGUAUCUAGUUGUCUCCUUGCUAAGACAAAAUAAGACUAGAAAUCUGACGUGAAAGAUUCUGAUUCAUAAUUAUUAGUAAGAUCUGUGAGAACAUCAUUUAAAAAGUAAAAUUACAUUUUUCUAAACAUCCUAACAGCUCUCUCCAUUGUGCUCCUUUCAGUAGCAGACGUGCUCUGCAGAACUACCACUGGAUUCUAGUUUGUAAUGUUCAGUUUAGGCAUUUUUAUUGUAGAAUUUGAAUUGUUUGUAAAUCACACAUGCCUUUUUGUAACAAUUUUAUACUGUACAUCAUAUGAACACCAUCACUGAUUAAUUAAUUUUAAAGAAAACUCAGCAAGUUGAGUCUGGAUUACAUUUUUCAGUGUGCAAUAUUCAUUGAAGCAAUGGCAUUCCCUGCUCGUUCAAAAUGCACCAUCAAAAUUUAAUGUUCGAUAACGCAACAACAGUAAAAUACAGAAUCUGAAGGAGUUGUUGUCCUAAAAACACAUGCAGGAGCCACCACAGUUACCAUGCUGCUUUGUCCGUAAAAAUCUUGUGCUACUUGGAAAAUCAAAUGUACCAAAGUAUUUUUGUCUCACAGUUGUCCCCUUUGAGAUGCAUAUUGCAUCAUUUCUAAAUAGAUUACAAAUAAACAUCUUUUUCUUUGGA